AAAAGCAUUUCUCUUCAGACAUUUGAAAAAAAUACGCCCCCACAAAUUAAAUCCCUAAAAAUUAUAAACAAAAUCCUCAGCUCAAGAACAAACAUUCAGCCAAAAAAUCCGUCUCAAAUUUCUCUACAAAAUCUGCAACAGAUAAUCAUUCCAAAAUGGUUUACACAUACACUCCUACAUAUUACAGUUCACUCCAAGAUUCAAUAGCCUCUUUGUGCAAAAAUAUCCUUCCAUUUUCUUUCAAGAAAAGGCGGUUGCCUGCAAUCGCUGCAGCUGAGCAGAGGCUAUCAAAGCAGCAGGCUGACAACUUGAAAUGGCAGCAAGAUUCAUUCCACCAGAUACUCAAAUUAAUGGGCCUCUGCAAGGAAGGGAUUUUGCCCGAAACAGAGGUCUCUGCUUUUAGAUCACAUCUAUUAGAUACCCUUAUUGCUUCACCACUUGACCAUGAACAUUCUUCAAUUUUGAGGGAUAAAUUGCUCUUCUUGCAGGAGCUACUGUAUGCAAAAUGCAUAUCAGAAGAUGAGUAUCAUUCGUCGAAAAGGCCUUUGUUACAGAGGUUAGCAGUUCAAGGAGCUGAAAUUGAGGCAAGAGAUAUAAUUGUUGGUGCUCAGAAAGAGAGUUCAGAUGAAGUGUGGUCUGUGAUAGAUUUGAAAGACGAGAAGUGUAUUGUUGGCAAAGAAGGCUCAAAUUUGAAGAAAAAACAAAAGCAAGGUUCAGCGAUGAAGCAAAUCAAAGGGGGGGCUGUAUCUGUAAUGGGCUUUGGAUCGUCAAAUAAAGGUGCAACAACUAAGGAAGAUAAGGGUUUAACUGCUCCGGGUGGUGAAAACAGUAGACCAGCUGAUAGAAGGUAUGAAGUUGAACUUUCUACGGAGAAUCCUUUCUGGAAUAGUCAGUUCAGGGAGAAAGAAAGUGAAACAAAAUCUAUUCUCAUGUCAGAGAGUUUGCCAAAUGAAUCCGAAAAAGUUGAGAAGCAAAGUGGAGGUGACAAAGGGAAAAGAAAACCCUUCAGAACUCUAUUUCAGAGAGAGCAAAAAGAGGGACAUGUGAGCACUAACGGGGAUAAUGGCUGUGGUUCUGAGGAAAAAACCAAAUCAGGAAAGAAGCAAUGGGGAUUUGAAGGAUUCAAGAAAUGGAAGAAAAAUGACUCUGAUGACGAAACUGCUCCAUUGGCACUAAAUGAGAAGUCAAAUUGUGGAAUUUAUAAUUCACAACUUGUCCAAAGCCCCGUUGGCGAGGGACCAGACACCAAGCAAAUUAAGAGGAAGCUGCACCCAGAUGGUGCACCUUCAGAUUUCUUUGUUGAUAAGGUUUUGGAAGAUAAUAUAAAAAAGAAGCUGUCGCAAAUUCGAUCAGAACUUGAUGCCAAAAAUCAUAAUGUUCAUUUGUCAGAUGACCAAAUUGAAGCAGUUUCUACUAGGCUUCCAGUUGACAAGGCUGAUCUAAAACAGUUCUUUCCCAAGUCAUGGUGCGAUCAGUACGGUGAUGUCGUUUUGGAUGUGGUGAGGAAGGAAUUCAAGGACCAUGUUGGACAAGUGAGUGUUGGUAGGGAAAAGCACAGCUCCAAGAGAUGGACAACAUUUGAUGAUGAUGAAAAUUGUCACCCCAAUCUCUUUGCUCCAGAGGAAAACUUCUUCCACAUGAAGCAAGACAAAUCCAAUGCUUUGAAGAAGGAUCAUCUGUAUGCUGCUGCUGCUGCCAACAGCAGUAUUGAGAAAGGCUUCAAAUAUAAUCCCUUCUUUGAUAUUUAGGCCUGCUUCAAAUUAAUAAAAGAGAAGUUUUAUAACCAUCACCUUCUUCAGCUUUGUUCUGAGGCCAGAAUCCUCUCUGGACUCUCACUGGAGAGGCAGCUGGGCUCCUUCCAAAGCCCUUGCUAAAAGACAGGCACUAUCUUGUUAUGUAUUUCUGGUACUAGUAUAGUUACAGUUUGUGAUCCUGUUGUGAUAAUCAACUAUUAAUAGAAUUCUUCAUUAAGAAA